UUGCAAACGAAAUGUCUGCUACGGAUUUCAGCAGGAUGCAGAACAGCAAAAAUAUAGACGGAAUCUGUUAACGGAAUUGACAGAUAUUUGACAGAUAGACUGUGACAGGGUCAAAAUCCGAAUCUAUCGCUUUUCGCAAUCAUUUAAAUGACAUUAAAACGAAGUACAGUACUCCAUUUUUAAAACGUUAGAAAAUUCUGACAGCUUCUGAUUUAUUUUUAUUUACAAUCCGCUGUCAGAUUUCGCUGACAGAGUGCACGUGUUUUAAUGCGAACGUAAUUGCUGACGGUCUGCUAUUGUUAACAUCUUGCAUGCUUACAGGAUGACUAGCAUUUUUCUUACUAGGUUUUUACUCGAGCGGAGUUUCUAUUUUCUCUUUCGUUUCCGCAACAGAGACUCGAGAUGGUCGCACGUGUGUAUGUGUGUGUGGGCGUGAAAAAAUCUUUGUUCUCAUUUACUUCAAUUUAGUCUAAUCCUUUGCAACGAAGAACUUUUUCUAAUUUGCACCUCUUGUUAAUUAAAUUGCUAUGUAGAAAGAGCGUCAGCUUCCGUUUAGCGAUGUUACCUUUCAUUUUCGAUUACUCGAGCGAAAAUUAUUAUCCUAACUUCGGCUCGUAAUGUUCUUCAGCUAGAGUCUUUUGUGUUGUGCUGUGAUUUCAGCUUUUUACCGUUAAUAUAUACUAUUAAUUAACAAAACCAUCAAUGAAUUAAUUUGUUAAUGCUGUGAGUAGCACAGCAAUGUAUUGCAUUCUACGUAAAAUUAUUCUCUCUUUAGUGAGUGUAAAAGGCUCAAUCAUUAUUUCGUAAUAUACACAAGUGUGGAGGAAUAGUAAAAAAGAGAGUACCAAAAUACAAGUGUUUACCUCGAUCUUAUAUUCUUUAGUCAGCUAAAUUAUCUCAUGAAUGGCCAUGUAUCCGAUCCCUUUUUUUAUAGACAAAAUGCAAUUAAAAAUUUUUUUUUCAAAGAUAAAAUAAAUGCUCCGCUUUUUUCAAUUUGUUUAUAACAGUAAAUUUUAUAGCUUUUAAUGCUUAUAAUUUAUUUAUCUUGAACAUAACAAGUAAUGCUUGAUAAAUUAAAUUCUUGAUAGGUGCGAUACAGUAUAUUGAAGUUACCCUGCAAUUCGAAAUUUUAUUGUAAGCAAUUUCGCUGAUUUAUUUAAUCCAGUUAAAUUAAAAUCCGGUUUUGUAAGUUGUUCGAUUGAAGUUGCCCUUAGGGAUUAGUCAUGCAGAGUCGCGCGCAAACGCGACCGUCUGAUUUGCAAUAAAUAUGCAUUGGAAAGUGAAGUGUUGCGUUUCACCCAAUCAACCAAUCGGUGGGGGUCGUAGGCUGUGGCGAAGAUGUAGGGAUCACGUAGUUUACAGUGGGUCUGACCCACUAACAUUCUCCUCAGUUACUCGGCGGCGGCCUCGAUUAAUCCGUGCGCUGAGUACCUCUCGGGAGGUAAACCCACAAAAUUACAUUUGGAAGUACACGGCGUAGCAUUCGGUAAUCUAACAAAAAAGAUGCGUCGAAAUCGUGGUCUCCUGUUAUCGCUCUCGACGUGUCUGACAGUAGUCUUCAUCGUAUUGAAUACCCGGUCGUCCACGGAUUUACUCAGGCCCGCGAUUGCCGCCGAGAAACGUAGUGCGUUGAAGGAGCAGAAAGCGUCACGUGCCGAUGAUCGAUGGAUCACUCGCAACCAGACGCAUCGGUACGUCACACCCUCGCUCGCCGAAUUGAGGGACUUGCCAUACAAGCACAAGCACGUUCUCAUGCUGACACGCAUACCCGGCGCGGGCGCCGAGCUGAUUGUGCUGAUCUUGCAACGGUUGCAAGGAUACAAUGCUUUCAAGCACAUACGUUUGCCGCCGGGCGAUCGUGGACUCUUAUCGAAUUUACGGCAGGAGUUGAUGGUGGAAGAAAUUACGAAUAUCAUCAGACAGGAAGCUAUUCCCUUGACUUUUGACGGGGACGUGAGAUUCCUGAACUUCUCGGAAUUCGGACGGCAAGGGCCUACCUUUAUAUCUUUAGUGAGAAAUCCUUUGAAGCCACGAAUCUGGCAAAGGCAUCGAAAAGGAGAGGAGAAAGCGCUUUACCAUGGAGCUAUACCUUAUUUUUGUGGACAAGAUCCGCGUUGUACGGAACGAAAUAACACGUGGGCGAUGGAACGAGCUAAAACAAAUGUUAUUCGAUGGUAUCCUGUUGUUGGCAUAUUGGAUUACAUGGAGGAGUCGCUAAAUGCGCUCGCAGUCGAAUUUCCCUAUUUUUUUAAGGGCGCCAUCCGCGUCUAUGAUCAUUUUCGACCGAGAGAGAAGCACCCGCCCAUUUCUUCGGCAGCUUUAAAGCUACGAGUUAAAGACACAGCUUCCAGAAAAAUGCUUGCACAAGAGGUAGAUUUUUACCAUUGGCUGAAAUCUCGACUUCUCAAUAAAACUUUUAACAACGGCUGAAGAUACAGGUCCUAUAAAGGUAAAUAAUCGAUUGUGUAAUAACAAAUCUUAAAUAACAAUAAGUAAUGAAUUUUCCGCGUUAAAAGGAUUAAAAUGAAAACAAAAAAAAAACUGAAAGAAUCAUCUUUUAUAACUUCGUAAUUAUUGUACCAAAGAAACAAAUGUGAACUUCUCGUGCCAUCUAGACGUUGACUCUGUAACCACAUACACCAUCCUACGUAGAGGAUAAAUCAUUGGCGACUAUCGUUACGUGGUUUUUAUCGAUUGUAGCGCAUCGUUUUGUCGGAAUAAUUUUUAUAACUUGUAAUAGAGCGUAUUCACAAAUUACGAAGCCGCUACAAUCCUUAUACGUCAAUGUAAUUUAAUAUUUUUAAAAUAAAUACAGAAGAGUACAAAGAAAUGCUUUAGAUACACGUCAUUCCCUUUCUUUUCAUUCUCUUUUCCUGUGUCCGCACAUUUUUCACCAAAAACAAAAAAUAAGUGCGAUCUGUAUAAACAGCUAAUUACGUACAUAAAGAUAAACGUAAAAUUCUAUUUUUCUUUCAUAGACAACGUCCUUUACAACAAAAAUAACAUGUGUAUCAAGUACAUUGUUCUCUACGUAUAAUUUACUCGAAAAAAAUAUUGGAUGUUAUAUUCUCCAAUAUAACAUCUUGCAACGUGUCGUGAGCACGAUUAAUUUUUUAUAGAUUCUGCAGAAAAUAAAAAUAUAAAAAGAUUCAUCAUUAUCGUCAUGAUUAGUGUGUACACAUACUUAUCGUGAAUGAAAGAGU